AUGGAAUUGACAUAUAUUGCGGGGUUCGAGGGAGAAUAUGUCUGCAAGUGGGAAAUCCAGCUGCAGGGCGACUUCACGCGCGACAUCCGGCUCGAGGUGAUCGUGGAGGAGGCGCUCACCCUGCGCCGCCAGAACAUGUCGACGCUCGUGACGGUGCACAAGUACAAGUACACCAUGGAGCUGAUCCGCUCGUCCCGCUUCUUCAAGCCCGGCCUCAAGUACUCGGCCUUCGUCAAGGUGGCGCACCACGACGGCACCCCGGUCCAGGACGACGUCAACCCCGUGUCCUUCCGCUACGGCUACACCUGGGACACGGACAAGUACCUGAGCUUCGACAAGCCGCUGCCCAGGAACGGAAUCGUGCGGGUCGACUUCUACCCGCCGGCCGACGCCGUCACCCUCGGCAUCGAGGCCAGGUACCUGGACCUCACCGAGUGGUUCUCGACCAUCGACGCCUCCAUCUCACCCAGCUCCAACUUCAUCCAGGCCUCGCUCGUCACGCAAAACCCCAAGGUGAACGAGGACGUGGAGGUGGAGGUGAACAGCACGGCGCCGCUGUCGCACCUGAGCUACCAGGUGCUGGGCCGCGGAGACAUCGUGGUGGCGCACUCCAUGCUGCUGGCGGGCCAGAGCGCCACCCGCUUCCGCUUCCUGGCCACGCACCCCAUGGCGCCGCACGCCCGCGUCCUCGUCAGCACCGUCCUGGAGGGCGGCGAGGUGCUCGCCGACGUCCUGGACGUGGAGCUCGACGGGCUGCUGCAGAACUUCGUGGACGUGGCGCUGACGCCGAGCACGACCGAGCCCGGGCGCGACGUGGAGCUGCGCCUGCAGACGCGGCCCAACUCGUACAUCGGCAUCCUGGCCGUGGACCAGAGCGUGCUGCAGCUGCGCGCCGGCAACGACAUCACCGAGGACGACGUCCGGGAGGAGCUGCUCGGGUACGGCCACAAUCCGGCCCUGUCCGCCGAGCAGCAGGCUGUCGGCAUCGACCUGCCCCUGGACCGCGCGCCCCGGACGCCGCGCAGCGCCCCGCGCUGGAGGCCCGGCGCCGCCACCACCCAGGAGGUGUUCGACAACGCUGGAGCCGUCAUUCUAACGAACGGUUUCGUGAUGGAAAACGUGAGAGUGGAGCACGCCGACGACCCCCUGCGCGCGCACAACCGGGCCCCGCACCGCCACCUGCCCGUGCCCGGGCUGCCCGUCGUCAAGCCCGACCUGGGCCCGCCCGUCGCCUACCUGCCGGCCACCCGGCCGCCGCUGGCCGGGCCGUACGCCUUCUCGCGCAUCCCGCACCCCGUCUGGAACCACCCCAAGGUGUUCCUCACCAAGGCUCCGGCACACACGUGGCUCUUCGCCAAUGUCUCCAGCGGGGCGGACGGCCGCGCCAGCAUCAGGAGGGCGGUCCCGGACAGCAUCACCUCCUGGGUGGUCACGGCCUUCGCCGUGGACCCGCUGUACGGCCUCGGCCUCACGCCGCAGCCUAGCAAGCUGACCGUGUUCCGGCCCUUCUUCGUGACCGUGGACCUGCCCUACUCGGUGGUGCGCGGCGAGGUCGUGUCGCUGCCCAUCGUCGUGUUCAACUACAUGGACCGCGACGUGACGGCGGAGGUGACGCUCGAGCACGCCGGUGAGCUCGAGUUCGCCGACGUGUCCAACGAGGUCAGCGCGCCCGCCGGGCUGGAGCUGUACCGCCGCAAGAGGGUGACCGCCAAGGCCCAGGAGACAGGCUUCACGUCCUUCAUGGUGAUCCCCAGGGAGGUGGGCAGCAUUACCAUCAAGGUGACGGCCACGUCGGACCGCGCCGGCGACGCCAUCGAGCGCAAGCUGCUGGUCAAGCCCGAGGGCGACACGGUGUCCAAGAACAAGGCCAUCCUGGUCGACCUGCGGUCCAGCAACUCGUUCAAGACCAACGUCACGCUGCACAUACCCAAGUACAUCGUGCCCGGCUCGGAGCGCAUCGAGGUGUCUGCCGUGGGUGACAUCCUUGGCCCGACCAUCCCCAACCUGGACUCGCUCAUCCGGAUGCCGCACGGCUGCGGGGAGCAGAACAUGAUCACCUUCGUACCGAACGUCGUCAUCCUGGACUACCUAAAGAACUCGGGGAUGCUGAGCCAGGCCGUGGAGAGCCGCGCCCGGGGCUACAUGGAGCAGGGCUACCAGCAGCAGCUCACUUACCGCCACAAGGACGGCUCCUUCAGCGCGUUCGGCGAGUCCGACCCCAGCGGGAGUACUUGGCUGACGGCCUUCGUGGCGCGGGCCUUCCGCCAGGGGCAGGCCUACAUCCCGCUCGAGGAGCGCGUGGUGGACGAGGCGCUGCAGUGGCUGGCGGAGCACCAGGCGGCCAACGGCAGCUUCCCGGAGCUGGGCACCGUGGUGCACGCCAGCAUGCAAGGCGGCGCCGCCCGAGGGCUCGCGCUCACCUCCUACGUGCUCACCACCUUCCUCUACAACCAGGUCAGCAUCACACCUUAAGGGUGUGAAACAUUU